GAAUCAUCGUCAAAAAAAAAAAAAAAAGCAGAAGCCAUCCCCGUUCCCCAUUCCCUCGCCGCCGCCGGCCGCCGCCAAAUCUCCCCGGCCUUUCCGCCGCGGCGCCAUGCUCCUCCGGCUCCGGUGCUACAUCCUCACCCAGCUCCUAUCGUCUCCCUCCGCCUCUCCCGCCUCCCAGCUGCACCGCCUCUUCUCCGCCGCAGCGCCCGGCGCCUCCCCGAACCCUAGCUUCGCCGUGGAGGAGUACCUCGUCGCCACCUGCGGCCUCACCCGACCCCAGGCCCUCAAGGCCUCCGCCAAGCUCUCCCACCUCAGGUCCCCCGCCAAUCCCGACGCCGUGCUCGCCUUCCUCGCCGGCCUCGGUCUCUCCGACGCCGAUGUCGCCGCCCUCGUCGCCAGGGACCCGCAGUUCCUCUGCGCCAGCGUGGAGAGAACCCUGACGCCCGUAGCCGCAGGGCUCUCUGGCCUCGGCUUAUCGCGUUCCGACAUCGCGCGUCUCGCAUCGCUCGCCGCCCACAAAUUCCGCCAAAAAUCUGUCCUCUCCAAGCUGCAGUACUACCUGCGCCUCUUCGGCACCUCCCACAACUUCCUCCGGGUGAUGAAGUUCUCCAAUAUCCUCUCACACAGCAUCGAGAGGGUGGUCAAGCCCAAUGUCGCGUACCUGCGAGAGUGUGGGUUGCAGGAUUGUGAUAUCGCCAAGUUUUGCAUCCAAAGACCGAGGAUGAUCAUCAGCAACCCGGAGCAUGUUCAGGCAAUGGUGGCGUGCGCUGAAAACAUUGGUGUGCCCCGUGCCUCUGGGAUGUUCAGGCACGCACUUCAGGCUGUUGCAUUCCUCGGUGAGGAGGAGAUCACAGUCAGGGUGGGGUACUUGAAGAGCACGUUCAGGUGGACGGAUGCUGAGGUAGGCAUGGCUGUUUCUAAGUUUCCACCGUUGCUGAGGGGGUCCGAGAAAUCGCUGCAGCGCAGAUUUGAGUUCCUCAUCUCCGAGGUGGGUUUGGAAUCGGCGUACAUUGCUCAGCGACCCGUAAUGCUAGGUCUCAGCCUAGAGGGCCGGCUCAGGCCCCGGCACUACGCUGUAAAGUUUAUCAAGGAAAAUGGAUUGCUCAAGUGUGACCCAAGCUACUAUACUGUUUUCAAGGAGUCCGACAUGACAUUCAAGAAGAAGUUCAUACACCCUCAUAAGGAAGCUGCACCGCACCUUGAAAAAGACUACGAUGCUGCUUGUAAAGGGGAAGUGCCCACUAAUUUCAGAUUCACAUAAGCCAAUAACGGGCUCUGAUGUAACUGUGUGCUGGUUGUCCGCUGCUGUAUGUCUGUUAGAUGCUGGGUUGGUGGUUGUUAACGAGUGAUGAAGCUGAUAAUUUGAUCCCUGGAUACUGAUAUGUAAUGUCACCACUCAGCAGAGAAGAAACCAUGGAUUGGUUAUGAAUUUAUUUGUCCUCAUUCAUGUUUUAAACACAUGUAUUGGAACUAAGUAAGUGUGAGAUCAGGCCAUUCUAAAAUGCGCUAAAAUUUCAGUUUUCAAUUUA